GAUAAAUAUCAGUCGCUGAGAAACCCGCUCCCCUUUUCCCUCGACUCGCUUCGACGUAACUCGUAAUGUCCGUGGCCGCACCCACUUCCUUCUCCUCAGCUUCCUUCAAAACCCUAGCAAAACCGACCUUCAAAAACCUACAUCACAACCUAGGUUUCCUUUCAACUCCCAAAGCUCUGUUCAAGCCCCUCAGAGUUCGACUUCUCCCCUCCGGCGGCCCGAUCUCCGGCUCUGCAUCGGCCGCCGUCAUGGUCUCUGCUCCCGCCACCAUCAAAUCGCUUGAUUCGUUCGAUUUCGAAACAUCUCUGUUCAAGAAGGAAAAAAUCUCCCUUGCUGGACACGAUGAGUAUAUAGUGAGAGGUGGCAGGGAUUUGUUUAAACUGUUGCCUGAUGCUUUUAAGGGAGUAAAGCAGAUCGGAGUGAUCGGAUGGGGUUCACAGGGACCUGCACAAGCUCAGAAUUUGAGGGAUUCUCUUUUGGAGGCAGAUUCUGAUAUAGUUGUCAAGAUUGGUUUGAGGAAGGCUUCUCGGUCCUUUAAUGAGGCCCGCACAGCUGGAUUUACGGAAGAGAAUGGGACUUUAGGAGACAUAUGGGAGACUGUCUCUGAAAGUGAUCUUGUGCUGCUCUUAAUUUCAGAUUCAGCUCAGGCUGAUAAUUAUGAGAAAAUAUUUUCACACAUGAAGCCUAAUAGCAUACUUGGGCUGUCACACGGUUUCCUUCUUGGCCAUUUACAAUCGCUGGGCCUUGGCUUUCCUAAUAACAUUAGUGUUAUUGCUGUAUGCCCUAAAGGAAUGGGCCCUUCAGUCAGGAGAUUAUAUGUGCAAGGAAAGGAAAUAAAUGGUGCUGGAAUAAAUUCAAGUUUUGCAGUCCAUCAGGAUAUUGAUGGUAGGGCAACAGAUGUUGCUCUUGGGUGGUCAGUUGCCCUUGGUUCUCCCUUUACAUUUGCGACUACCCUAGAGCAGGAGUAUAAGAGUGACAUAUUCGGUGAACGAGGCAUUUUAUUGGGUGCUGUUCAUGGGGUUGUAGAAUCACUAUUUAGAAGGUACACUGAUAAUGGUAUGGAUGAAGAACUUGCUUAUAAGAAUACUGUAGAGUGCAUUACAGGAAUUAUUUCCAAAACUAUAUCGACACAGGGCAUGUUGGCUGUGUACAAUUCUUUGACCGAUGAAGGAAAGAAGGAAUUUGAAAUCGCAUACAGCGCUUCAUAUUACCCUUGCAUGGACAUCUUGUAUGAGUGCUACGAAGAUGUAGCCGCUGGUAGUGAAAUUCGGAGUGUCGUUUUGGCCGGUCGUCGUUUUUACGAAAAGGAGGGUCUGCCUGCUUUCCCAAUGGGUAAAAUUGACCAGACAAGGAUGUGGAAGGUCGGUCAGCGUGUACGGGCAGUUAGACCAGCAGGUCAUCUUGGUCCUCUGAAUCCUUUUACUGCAGGUGUAUAUGUGGCACUUAUGAUGGCACAGAUUGAGGUUCUAAGGAAGAAAGGCCAUUCAUACUCGGAGAUCAUAAACGAGAGCGUGAUAGAGUCUGUGGAUUCACUAAACCCGUUCAUGCACGCACGUGGAGUCUCAUUCAUGGUCGACAACUGCUCAACGACAGCAAGGCUUGGAUCACGGAAGUGGGCCCCGAGGUUUGACUACAUCCUCACCCAGCAAGCGCUUGUGGCUGUGGACAACAGUGCCACCGUCAACCGAGACCUCAUUGGGAAUUUCCUCCGUGAUCCCGUGCACGGUGCCAUUGAAGUGUGUGCCCAAUUGAGACCCACUGUCGACAUAUCGGUGCCUGCAGAUGCUGACUUUGUGCGUCCUGAAUUGCGGCAGUAGCCUCUUUACUUCGCGAGCAGAAUUCAUGAGCGAGGACCUUUUUUCUGUAUGCCCAAUUGAAACGCGUUAAUAUGUUUUCUGCCUAGAAUAAUUUCUGGACUGCGUUCUUUUUUGCUUGUCUGUUACUAGCAAUAAUAUUUAUUACUCCGUUACAGACUAUAAAAUUAUAAGCCACGCAAAACUAUAAAAUUAUUGUGAUGCGAUGAAAUGUCUGAUGAUAAAUAUUUUUUUGAUGAAAUACUGAUAUAUAAAAACUGCCAGUCAGACUCCCAAGCUUG